GAAAACAGAAACUGAAAAUCUCAGAGAGCUGUACUGUGGAAGGAAGUGUCUGCCUUGUUUGCAGAACUCUUACAACCAGCUUACAGUACAAGUGCAAGAAAUAUUCUACAGCAAUGGCAGAAGAUCUGUCAGGCCUGGAGCUGGAUUUCACCUGUCCGAUCUGCUGUGAAGUGUUUCAAGAUCCCGUGGCUCUGAAAUGCAGUCACAGUUUCUGUGAGGAGUGUCUGCAGCAGUACUGGAGCACUCAGAAGGUGCUGCUAUGUCCAGUCUGUAGGAAGGAGUGUUCACGGGACGAGCCCACCAGGAGCCUGGCCUUCUCCAGCCUCUGUGAAAACUUUAAAAGCAGAAAAUUGGCAGUUGCAACAGAUGAUAUGUGCCCUGAGCACGACGAGAAGCUCAAGCUCUUCUGCUUUGAAGAUAAACAGCCCAUCUGUGUGGUGUGUUACACCUCAAAGAAGCAUGAAAAUCACAAAUCUUCUCCUAUUGUGGAGGCAGUGCAGGAGCUGAAGGAGAACCUUAAGGUGAAAAUAGAGAAUCUGAAGGUAACCCUUGAUAACAUGAGUACAGUGCAGGAUGACUAUAAAGAACAAGCUGAGCAAAUAAUGACUGAAACACAGAGUGUGGAAGAGCAGAUCAAAACAGAAUUUAAGAAACUUCAUCAGUUCCUCAUAGAAGAAGAGGACACCAGGAUCGCUGCUCUGAGAAAAAGAGAAAGUGAAAAAAAAGAGAAAAUACAAGCCAAAAUUAAUCAGCUGUCCACAAACAUAGCAAUUCUCUCAGAAGCCAUUGCGUAUGCCUGGCAGGAAAUGGAAGCUUGCAACAUUGCAUUCCUGAAGAGGUACUCUGAAAAUAUUAAGAGAUUAGAAAACCCUCCAGUGCCAAAUGUGAAUUUAGAGACAAAGCAGGAUUUAAAGACAAAGAAAGAUCAGACGAAUCCUAUUCAAACCCUGCUGUUCACCGUUUGGACCAGAAUGCAGAAUCUUAUUUCACAAGCUCCAGUGACACUGGACCCAAACACGGCCUCUAAUAAGCUGAUGGUGUCGGAGGACCUGAGCAGCGUGUCUUUUGUGGAGCAGAAGCUGUCUGUGGCUGAUAACCCAGAGAGACUAUAUGUAGGAGUGCUGGGCUCUCAGGGCUUCAGCUCAGGCCUGCACUGCUGGGACGUGGAGGUGGGAAACAAUGAUCACUGGACCAUUGGGGUGGUCAAUCAAUCUGUGGACAGGAAGAAGCUGCUGAAGAUGGAUCCUUCUUGUGGAAUGUGGAGUAUUCGUUUCUUCAGUGGGAAAUAUCGAGUCGGGGCAAAGUCUCGGAAGGAUCUCAACCUGGAAGAGUGUCCAGUGGUCAUCAGAGUGCAGCUGGACUAUGAAAAAGGCCAAAUAAGAUUCUAUGAGCCAUUUAGAAACAUUACCCUCCAUACCUUCACAAACAUCACUUUUACAGAGACAGUAUUCCCAUAUUUCUGCACUGGUGAUCCAGAUGAACCACUGAAGCUCUACCCAGCAAACAAACUGUCAUGGUAGCAGAAAACCUUAACUACUGGAUUUAUAAUGUUUCAGUUUGUCUUAAUAAUUCAGUUUAUACACAGGUCUGCACUGCUCAGCAAGGGAUUUUAAAGGUUUGAAAUCGCAGCUCACAAGUUUGGAUGUAACUUUGUAACAGAUACAUGUAUCCCAUUAUUAUUUUAUGAUUCUUUUUUGAGACUAUGUUACCAUUUUAUAAAUUUGUAGGAAGCCAGAAACAAAUAAAAAAAUAUUAAAUGUGUCCAGAAUGAUGAGCAGACCUGUAGAUGAUUGGGUAAAUAUGAAAGCUGUAGAAAACUGAGAAUGAAUUACAAAAUAUUCAGAAUAUCCUCAUAUUUGAGAAAUGGUGAUCAAAUCUCAAGGCCAACAACAUAUCAAGAAAUGUCCUUAAAUAGAGAAGUAAAGUAUUAUUUACCAUUUCAAAUUCAUAACGUUCUGAAAAUAUAACAUCUGGUGAUAUAUCUGAUGUCCAAAAAUCCUUUAUUUUUUUAUAGUUCAUUGUAUGACUUUACAUUAUUUAAUAUUUUAUUGCAGGUGAAAUAAAAUCAUAAUGUCCAAAAUGGUAACUUCACCGGAGAAGGAACAAGCCUUCUAAAAUUUUAUUAUAAAAUGAACUAAUUCUAUGGUGAAAAAAUCAAAAAAGAGGAAAAAGUGGAGAUAGGAGGUGUGGUUCUGACAGCGACAGUAUUUUGUAGCUUCUGUACUAUGAGUCCUUUUUAGUUUGUAAUAUGUUAAGAGCGAUACACAAUACCGAUUGUAACUAAAAUCAGAGUAACAGUAAAAUCAGAAAUGUUUCAUCUGUAUACUUAUGCCCUAAUAGAGCACAUGGCUGAUUUACUUUGUACAUAGAAACAAGCAAAAAUAGCACAGAAAUAACACAUUUUUCAGUGUUUCCCAAUGUUUGCUUGCUAUAUAAACUUUUUAUAAACAAGUUUGGAAAAAAAAACAGAAAGCAGUUAUUAAAAAAAUGGUGUCAUUCCUAUUAGACUUCCUUUUCUCAGUCUUUAUCAAGACAGCAGAAUGACCUCUGUACAGCUGUAAUAACCUCACAAAAAUGAUCACAAAUUUAAAGAACAUAUGAAAGAAUCAUACUAGAAUAUUAAUUCAUUUGGUUGUGUUUGUAUAUCACAAUGGAUAACAAGUGCAUCACCUGUCCUCUUAUAGAGUAUAUGGAAUGCCACAGUAUGUUAUGAUCUAUUUAAACCCAAGGCAUUUACUGAGAUAGCACCGAUACCAUGGGAUGGCUAAAUUCCAACUUGUGAAAAUAAUAUAUUUUUGUGUUUUUGCAGUGAUGUUUUUAAUGAUCUUUUUAAUUUUUUUUUUAAUG